AUGUCCAUGUUUCGGUUCUGGAGCUCCGAGUCGCGGGGAAGCGAGAAGACCAUCAACGGGUCGCCAGCUACCGCCGCCAGCCAGCCAAGCCGAAGCUCGUCUGUCGCAAGCGAUUUAUCGGCACGACCAGUGCUUUUGAAGCGAGCGCAUUACGACGACGACGAUGACGAAGCCUUUAGCUAUGUUGCGCCGGCAAAGCGCGCAAAGACUGGGUCCGAAACGUUCGCUGAGAAGUCGUCAUGUCCGAGAUCUGAGCCGUGUGCCCUCGAGAGCGCCAGAGACCUGAUCCAAGCUGAAUUCUGCCAGGAAAUCCUGCUCAAGCACAAAGAGUUAAGAUUGAUCAACCAGGAGCUGGCCAAGUGCCAGAUUGCGCUUGAACAGCUGCGACGUUGCCAUUUAAUCCCGUAUCCUGUGAAUUGUCCCACCCCGCAACAAAUGUUAGAUGUCAGCGCCGGAAAGGGUCCUGCAGUAGUGGCCAAGGCCGGUGAUGCCGUCCCUCGCUGGGCUCCUCCUUUCGGCGUCGUUGAUGGACCCUACUCUCGGCACUAUGCCAAGUGGCUCAUCCCUGAUCCAGCCUUUGACGGCAUGCAGCCGGAGCUGCCUCAUGCUCCCGCCCGCGGCUUCAUCGUGGAAGGAAGAACAACCAGGAACAGUAAUGGUGACUUUGGAAUUGGACUUGUCAAGGGGCGCCGUGGCAACGGCGGUCAGAAGUUUGAGUCUCUGUCGAGCGGCUACCCUCCACCCAAGGACAAGGUAGGCCCAUGUGUGCUGACACGCUCGGAUGGCCAAACCGUCAAGCUUGUUUGCCUAGACUGCCAUCGUGACAACUUCUCGAGCACUCAAGGCUUCAUCAACCACUGCCGCAUUGCACACAAGCGUGAUUUCAAGAGCCACGAGGAGGCUGCCGUCCAUUGCGGCCAGCCCUACGAUGCUUCUGAGGGGGGUAACACCUCCAAGGACAGCAAAGCAUCUGCCCCCUCUUCGGUCCCGGUCGCUGCCGCCGCCACUACUGCUACCACCACCACUGCCUCCUCCACGCCCUUUGUGCAUGCCUUUGCGCGCCAUGACCUGGCCGAUCAAGACAUCUUUAAUUCUCUUCGGAUGAGAAUCUCCGACUCGCUCAGUCUUUACAACCAGGGCAAGCUGUCGGUUGUCAAAGUCCCUCGCAACGUCAACGCUGUCGCCUAUCCUGGCAAGGCACAUCCCAGCAAGGCACCGGGCAAGGCACCGGGCUUUGGCCCUUCAGCUGAUGCGCCGCACUUGUCUCGCCUCUUGAAGGCUCGCAACUUUCAAGGCAAUCUCCAUGACGUUGUUGCUGAUGCAAAGAAGAAGACUUCACUGGAAUUUGCGGCCGGAGAGGAAUCCGAGGCCGAAGGCUCCAUCUCUCCUAUGCGGAAUUCACCUCCUGCUCGAGCGUCGGUUGUCAUGCGAAUGCCCGCCAGAACCGCAAAGACGCCUAUCACCAUGGGCCCCUCAGCCCGUCCAACAAGCAGCAAAGGCCGUUCAGCCCACAUGCUCUUGGCUUCUCCAUCAGACUCCGACAUGGCCAUCAUGUCUGGCAAUCACCGAUCGGGCACCAUGCUGUCGGAUGAGGACAUUGACAUGGAGGACGCUGACUUGAGCCCCAACACGCUCGUUAGCAACAAUGCGCCUUCCCUUGUUAGUGACGACGGGGAGUACGAUGAUUCCGAUGAGGGCUCUUCCAUCUCUGGCGCAAGUGACCAGCUAGAGGCGGAAUCAGUGUCUGAUGUUGCCGAGUUUGCGCUCGACUAUGAGGCAGACCCUCGAGGCCUGCGCCGAGAGUCCGCGAGCAUUGCAGGACCUGUGCGUCUUCGCAAGGAAGAAACCAAACCAGUCACGUUUAUCGGCCCCGUCAGAAACAGUGCCAAAGAUGGACGACAACGACAUGUCUAA